UGCGCUAAUGGUGUUGAAAAAGUACCAUACUUGAGAUAGUCUUGUUAGGUCGUUAGUUAAAGGGAAAUUCCCUUCGUGUAAUUCGCAGCACUACACGUUUUUUAAGUUACGCGUUGUACCUUUUUUCAUGGCUCUGUUUAGCAAUAGGAUCCUGACGACAAGAAACUUUGAGGGAAGUUUUGAUUCCCUGGAUCUUGCAGAGUUUGCAAAGAAGCAACCAUGGUGGCGCAAGCUGUUUGGGCAGGAAUCUGGACCCUCCACUGAAAAAUACAGUGUAGCAACCCAGCUGUUAAUUGGAGGGGUUACUGGAUGGUGCACAGGUUUCAUAUUCCAGAAGGUUGGAAAGUUGGCUGCAACAGCUGUAGGAGGCGGAUUUUUUCUCCUUCAGAUUGCAAACCAUACUGGGUACAUCAAAGUUGACUGGCAGCGAGUAGAGAAGGACAUGAAGAAAGCCAAAGAGCAGCUGAAGAUCCGUAAGAGCAACCAGAUACCAACCGAGGUCAAGAGCAAAGCAGAGGAGGUGGUGUCAUUUGUAAAGAAGAAUGUUCUAGUGACCGGGGGAUUCUUUGGAGGCUUUCUGCUUGGCAUGGCAUCCUAAGGAAGAUGACUUCACUUCUAUUGUUUCUGUUUUUUUUCCAGCCAGCAGCCUUUACGCUUAAUCGUAGGAUAUCAAAUCCCUCCUCUUCUUCCUCUCUGCCAUGGAAAAUCUGAAUGGCUUCCAUAGGCAUCUGUGGGUAGAAGCUGAUACAGCUCUACUACUGGUAGACAGCUACGGAAGAGACAGUAGAUGUUAGCUCUCCUCCAAGUACACUCCCUACCUGGCCAGUCUUGAGGUCAGCAAGAAUGUUGCAGGAUGGAGAGAUGUUAGCGCAUAGAUACCUUAUUAUGUGCUGCAUGGAAAGGAAUUGAAUACAGUUGUCUAAGCAUGAAAGAUUUUGGUGUCUACUUUCUUUUAUUAGUUGGUUUUAGAUGAUAUAAAUAGAUCUAUUAUACCUGCUGCAAUUAUCCUGACAAAAGUGGCAGCAUAAGUGCUAUAAUUGAACAAUCUGAAUAUGAAAUCAACUUGUGCUAAAGGUAUAUGCUGUGCUGAAGGUAUUGUAUUUGGCAGGAAGAUCGUUACAGAAACCAACUGCUAGAAAUACUUUGUUGGAUGGUCAGACUUGGCCAGAAAUUUAGGGCCAUGAAGAUACUGCCCAGGAAUGUUGAUACAUCUUAUGGCUGUUUCCAAAGGACUUAUAUAUAAAAACAAGUGAUCUCAGUGGGAGAGAGAAGUUGUUUCUUGGAUUUUUAUUUUUGUUUUAUAGAAAAUGUUUUAAGCUAUGAAAUGGGAAGUAUUUUUCAUAUCUUGUCAAAGCAUUAGGGAUUGCCUUAGUUCCUGUGUGCCAAUUCUACUAUUUCUUUACCGAGCUCCUAUGAAAUAUAACAUUUAAGUCACUGCCA